AUCCGUCGACAUGCGUUCGGGUUUCCACUUUCUAACCCAGGAGCCCUCACCCAGCCCAGCCAGACCAGGUGGGUUUUUCAUCAUGCAUCCUCACCUCGAUCUCUCCUGAACCUCUCUUGAACUGCGGCGCUUGCAACACCACCAUGUCCCCGCGCCCUGCUCCAGACGAGUCGCCUUCACUGUUGACUCCCGCCGUAACUCACACCGCAUGACGAUGGACAUGAGUGUGCAAGCGCUUCUCAGUCUAGCCAGGCGUGCCAUAACCUUCCCCCAGAUCGAUGAGAAUGACGACCCAAGAAUCGGCGCUGGCCGCAACGACACUGACGGCGGUGGCACCCUCACUGGUCAACUCAUAGGUGCCGGUUCAGACGAGGCGCAAUCGGCCUCCCUCAAGUCGUUGGGGUCCACCUUUGCGCCCGUUCUCAUCUACUCGGCCAUCUGUUUCGCCAUAUUUUUCGUCUUCCGUCGGAAAUGCCCACGGGUUUAUGCGCCGAGGACCAUUCCGUCCCUGCGAUCACCAGAGCACCCGACUCCCCCGCUUCCUGAUGGCUGGUUCGACUGGAUCAGACCCUUCUUCGCCAUUGAUGACCGGUACAUCAUCAACAACUGCUCCGUCGACGGCUUCUUCUUUCUCCGCUUCCUUCGUGUUCUCUCCGUCAUCUGUCUCGUUGGCGGCUGCGUUUCGUGGCCCAUCCUGCUCCCCAUCCACAGCACCGGGACUUUUGGCCAGUCUCAGCUUGACAAACUUACCAUCGGUAACGUGAUUAUCGCCAACAAAUUCUACGCCCAUGUCGCCGUUGCUUGGUGCUUCUUCGGAUUUGUGCUGUUUAUGGUGGUCCGGGAGUGUGUAUACUACAUCAACGUUCGACAAGCCUAUCUUCUCUCGCCUAACUACUCCAAACGUCUUUCGUCGCGGACCGUCCUGUUCACGUGCAUACCGAAGCCAUACCUCGAAGAGGCCAAGCUGCGCAAGCUCUUUGGUGACUCAGCAAGGAACAUAUGGAUCCCUCGCAAUAUUGGCGCCUUGCGUGCCAAGAUCUCAGAUCGAGAGGAUUCCGCAGAACUGCUCGAGGAGGCCGAGAUCCGCCUCAUUCGGAUGGCGAACCGCUCGCGAAGGAAGUUUUGGAAGGCCCAGGGCGGCGUUUCGCAAGGGCACACAGCAGGGCAGACUUCGUUGGCAAAGACAUUGACACCAGCUUCGUUCACGACGUCAGGGGACUCGCCAUCCCAGAAGGAUGCUGAAAAGGGAGGGCCGCUCGACUCCACGAUACAGUUUGCUGAGCAUCAACUCUCGGUACUAGACAGCCCCACCUUCGACAAACCUGUUGACCCCGAGUACACCCACCCUUACGGCCUGGAUCCGUCACUACCGGACGUGAGAGGCUCGGUGGCUUCUCUCUGGAUCCCGGCAAAGGAUCGACCAACUCACCGGCCGCUUCGGAAUUUCUUCCGCAGUGUCGACACCAUCCGAUGGACAAGGGCGCGGCUAAAAUUGAUCAACAAGGACAUUUGGAAACUGAGGCGGGCGUACCGUGGGGGCGACGGAGAGCCGCUGAACUCGGCAUUUAUCGAGUUCGACUCGCAGGCCAGCGCGCAGGUGGCCUUUCAGAUUCUGGCGCACCACCAGCCGUUGCACAUGUCGCCGCGUUAUAUUGGACUUCAGCCAGACGAGGUCAUAUGGAGCUCGUUGCGUAUCCGGUGGUGGGAGCACAUCAUGCGACGCUUCUUUAUGAAAGGCGUCAUUGCUUUUGCUAUCAUCUUUUGGUCCAUCCCCUCCCUUCUCGUCGGCACCAUCUCGCAAAUCGAGUUUCUCAGCAAGGAAGUCUUCUUUCUCAAGUGGCUGGUGCACCUCCCUUCGGUCAUCUUGGGUGUGAUACAAGGUUUGCUUCCAGCGCUCGCACUGUCGUGGCUAAUGGCUGCCGUGCCAUGGAUGCUCAGGAGCUGUGCGCGUGUUGCGGGAGUGCCCUCUCAUGGGUUAGUCGAGCUCUACGUCCAGAACGCCUACUUCUUCUUCCAGGUAGUGCAGGUUUUCCUCAUUACCACACUCUCGUCGGCCAUUUCGGCUGCCUUUUCCCAAGUUCUACAAGAACCCUUCAAGGCUAAGGAUCUCCUGGCUGCUAACCUCCCCAAGGCGUCCAACUUCUACCUCUCGUAUAUCUUGGUCAUUUGCUUGGGUGCAGGCUCUUCGAGACUGCUCAACCUUGGUGACCUGAUUCUGCAUCAAGUCAUUGCCAAGUUCACCGUCAAGCCACGAAGGCAGUACCACAGAUGGCGCAGACUCAACCGGGUGUACUGGGGAGCGGAAUUUCCGCGCUUCACAAACCUGGGUGUAAUCGCUCUCAGCUACACCUGUAUUGCUCCCCUCGUUCUCAUCUUCGCGGGUUUCGGCAUGAUGUUUGUCAGCUACGUCUACCGCUACAUGAUCAUCUUCGUGUUUGACUCUCAUCACGACACCAAAGGUCUCUUUUAUCCACGCGCCUUGAUGCACUUGCUUGCAGGGUUGUAUGUGGCUGAGAUCUGUCUGAUUGGCCUCUUUGCUCUCAAAGUAGCGACAGGACCCAUGAUGCUGAUGCUCGUGUUUCUCAUCUUUACCGGUCUUGUGCACCUUUCGCUGAGCUCGGCUCUCACGCCGCUCCUGUACAACCUACCCAGAACGCUCGCCCUGGAGAAGGACACUGGCGAGCAAAUAGCACGAGAUGAGAUUCCUGACGAGUCCACUGGUGGCGGUGGAUCACAGCAGCAGCACCAACAACCGGCAGGCCUCGCCUCGGACUAUUACAACAUGGAUGAAGAUUUUGGCGACGAUGCAAACCUCGCGCCAAACCACGACCUGGACACAGAUGUGCAACUUCGUGGCCUGGAGGGCAGCAGCAGCCUCAAAUACAUGAUUCAAGAGUUCGUCACCUCGGCAAUCAAGGGCAAGUUCGGCAAAAAUGCCACCACAAAGGAAUCCGGACUGACUCGCAUUCUGACCUAUAUCAAAAUCAUGAUCACGCCAGAUCCAAAUAAGACGCCCAAUUUCAUCAUGACCUUCUUCCACCCCGAAGUCUAUCAAGAUUUCCGAAAGCUCCAGCCAACCAUCAACCCCGAACCCUGCGACUAUGAACUGCCAGAAGAUUAUACCCACAAAGCGUACUGGCCACCAGAGAUGUGGCAGCCAGCACCGAAGUUGUGGAUUCCCAAGGACGAUGCUAGAGUCAGCCGGCAAGAGGUGGCGCACACCAAGGAUUCCAUCUUUAUAUCUGACCAAGGUUGUUGGCUGAACGAGAAGGGGAGGAUAGAGUGUGACUUUGAACGGUCGCCUUUGCAUGAACCGAGGAUACUCUAUUAAUACUUAAUACUUCACAAUGAAAUACCAAACCACAUCUGUGGAUGGCCAUGUGCCUUCUUGCCAGGUCCUG